AUGACUCACCACACCUCGUGCAUGACGGCAGGUGCCUACCAGGCCAAGUACCAGAGCACGUCAGCACCCGCCUCCGCCCCCACGCCAUCCACUCCUCCGCCCACCGCUCUCUCCGGCUCCGCCUCUCCACUCCUCCCCCCUGCUCAUCCCGCUGCCGCUGCUGCUGCCGCUGCAGCAGCAGCAGCAGCAGCAGCAGCAGCAGCAGCAGCAGCUGGAGGGGUGAGCGCGGGGGCGGUGCGUGGCAUGGCGCCUGGGCUGCCGGCCGGGCUGCCUGGUGCGAUGGCAAUGGAGCUGCUGGAUCCGGCAGAGCUGCAGCGCCGGCAGAAGCUGCUGCAGUCUGAUGCGUGCGUGUGUGGUUGGGGUGGAGCAUGCAGGGGUGGAUGGGGGCAGUGGAUGGGAGGAGAGAGAGGGAGAGAGGGGAGACCUGCUUGGCAGCCAUACACAUGUGGAUGCCCUACCGCCAUGCUGUUUCCAAUCUCCAUGCCGUUUCCUCCCCAUGCUGUUUGCCCUCCAUACUUUCUGCUGCACGGGGCGAGCAGCAAGCUAAGGCGGCUGCAUCAGGAGCUGGUCAUGACGGGCGCUCUCACCGAGUCCGAGUUCUGGGCCGCCAGGAAGGGGGUGGAGGAGGAGCGGAGGAAGCGCAAGCAGCGGGUGGGCGUGGCGAGUGCCAUGCUGGCAGACGUCCGAGGCGUCACUGAUGGCCGGAGCAACACCAUCACCUUCAACCUCACACCGCAGAUCAUCCAGCAGAUCUUCCUGGAGAAGCCAGCGGUGCACCGCGCCUUCAUGGAGCUCGUGCCUGGCCGGAUGACGGAGAAGGCCUUUUGGGGCAAGUACUAUCGCGCGGAGUACCUCUUUCGCACGCGCAACGUGGCGGCGGCGGAGGCGGAGGCGGCGGAUGAUGACGAGCUCGCGCUCUUCGUGAGGGACGACCCGCACCUGCACGCCCAGGCGCGCCAAAAGGUGCAGCGGGUGGACCCAACGCUCAACGUGCUGGCGGACGUCAGCGACGACUACUCCUCCCUGCUCGGCCACGGCAUUCUGAGGGAUGGGCGCAAGGAGGCACCAGCUGUGGAGGGCGAGGGCGAGGGCGAGGGCGAGGGCGAGAAGGAGGGCACAGCAAGGCAGGAGGGGGCAGGGGCGGGCGGGCAGUUGGGCAGGAGCAGCAGCGCUGGUGGCGCUGCUGGUGCCGGUGGUGGUGGUGGCAGCAGCGGUGUGGGGGCGGAAGGGCAGGUGCGCAUGAGGCGCACGAUAUUCCGCGACAUCAACCAGCACGCCGCUGUCUCCUCUCGCCCUCCCUCGCCCGUCUCUCCUCGUGUGCGGCCAACCAGUGCCUUGAGCGCGUCUAACAGGGGCGUCAGGCUGUACGCCCACUCGCCCUCGCCCUCCUCCCUCGUGUCUCUCGUGUUGCUCAUGCCCCCCAUGCCUGUCGUCUCCACCCCAUGCCCCCCAUGCCUGUCGUCUCCACCCCAUGCCCCCCAUGCCUGUCGUCUCCACCCCAUGCCCCCCAUGCCUGUCGUCUCCACCCCAUGCCCCCCAUGCCUGUCGUCUCCACCCCAUGCCCCCCAUGCCUGUCGUCUCCACCCCAUGCCCCCCAUGCCUGUCGUCUCCACCCCAUGCCCCCCAUGCCUGUCGUCUCCACCCCAUGCCCCCCAUGCCUGUCGUCUCCACCCCAUGCCCCCCAUGCCUGUCGUCUCCACCCCAUGCCCCCCAUGCCUGUCGUCUCCACCUCAUGCCCCCCAUGCCUGUCGUCUCCACCCCAUGCCCCCCAUGCCCCCGCUCACCGAGGACGUGGCGGACACCAGGGAGCUCGCCACUGCCGUCGCCGAGGCCACGGCCCUCCAGGCUGGUGGGGCAGGGGGCAGGGAGCAGGGGGUUAUGGGCAGGCACGGCAGGGGAGCAGGGGGCGGAGGAGGAGUGGCGGAGGGAGAGGGUGCGCGAGAUGGCGGUGAUGGCGGACCUCCGAGGGGACGCCCCUGCCACCACCAUCCCCCUCACCAUCCAGGCACGUGGAUCUGGCAUGAAAGGUGGUAUGUAUGUUGGGGCACGUGGCACACUGCAUGUGUGAUGUGCCAUGCCAUGUGCCAUGCCAUGUGUCAUGCCAUGUGCCAUGCCAUGUGCCAUGCCAUGUGCCAUGCCAUGUGCCAUGCCAUGUGCCAUGCCAUGUGCCAUGCCAUGUGCCAUUGGCUCACCUCUCACUCUCGCUCACUCGGGUGCUCACAUGCUCUCACCAACCUCGUUCACUCUGACCACUCUCACCCCUAUCCCCACUCUUUUCCUGCUUCUGUUCACCUAUUCAACCUUUGCACUCACCUCUGCACUUGCUCCCCCUUCCGUUCAUCCGCGCUCCACCCAUCUGCACCCCCCUUCCCCCCACCCGCCACACGGCAGGACCCACGCAAGUACUUUGAUGCCGCCACGCAGAGGGACACAGCGCACACACAGCAGCAAGCGGGCCAGGCAGCUGCGCCAGAUGCAAUGGACCUGGACGGCCCUGCACCCGCCGCUGACUCAGCGCUAGCUGGCACACGCACCACACUGGCAGCCUCGCUGGCAGCGUUUCGGAGUGAGCUGGCAGCGGGGGGGAGCGGAGGCAGCAGCAGGGAGCACGGAAAACGGGGUGGGGGAGGCAAGGGAGGUGCAGCGGCAGUGAUGGCGCCUGCUGCUGCUGCUCAGGAGGUGGAGGAGUUUGGGCGGCAGGUGGCGGUGGCGAGGCGGGGAGUGGGGGAGGCGGCGGAGCAGUCGCUGCUGAAGCAGCUGCCCGACGCCCUGCGCACCUCCCUGCUCGCGGUGGGUUGGCUUGCCUGCUGCCCCUUCAUGGCCCCACCGCCUCUUGUGCUGGGCACUUCCUUGCUGCUUGCAGUGGCUGGCACGUUGCUUCCUCAUGCCCCCACCCAUGGCACGGCAGGCAGAGCAUGGGGGGAGGGCGUGACAAGCAAGGCGUUCAUGGGAUGCUAUGCGCAUGUAGCUUCGCAUUCCAUCCCUUGUAAUGCCUCUCUGCAACAACCCCACGGAGAGGCAGUGAAGGAGCUGCUCUCACACUUCUGGGCCACCUACCCCCUCACCAGCGCUGCCCUGCUCGCCAAGGCGGAGCGGCACAAGGAGGGCAUCAGCAAGCUGUACGACCGCCUGCAGGUCACCCACGCCCUCCCUCUCUGCUUCUGUUGCUGCUUUCCCCUCUUCCCUCUGUUGCUCUGCUGCUUCUUCUUGCCCCCUCUUCUUCCCCUUUCCUCGUCACCCAACACCCAUCAACGCUUUUCUGUGUUCCCCCUCAUCUUCUCCCACCCUCCGAGUGCAGAAACUGAAGGAUGGAGCAGAUGGGGCCAACCGCCACCUGCUUUCACAGCUGCUACAGCCCUUCUUCCAGGUGCACUUGCUGCUACAGCCCUUCUUCCAGGUGCACUUGGUGCUACAGCCCUUCUUCCAGGUGCACUUGCUGCUACAGCCCUUCUUCCAGGUGCACUUGCUGCUACAUCCCUUCUUCCAGGUGCACUUGCUGCUACAGCCCUUCUUCCAGGUGCACUUGCUGCUACAGCCCUUCUUCCAGGUGCACUUGCUGCUACAGCCCUUCUUCCAGGUGCACUUGCUGCUACAGCCAUUCUUCCAGGUGCACUUGCUGCUACAGCCCUUCUUCCAGGUGCACUUGCUGCUACAGCCCUUCUUCCAGGUGCACUUGCUGCUACAGCCCUUCUUUCAGGUGCACUUGCUGCUACAGCCCUUCUUCCAGGUGCACUUGCUGCUACAGCCCUUCUUCCAGGUGCACUUGCUGCUACAGCCCUUCUUCCAGGUGCACUUGCUGCUACAGCCCUUCUUCCAGGUGCACUUGCUGCUACAGCCCUUCUUCCAGGUGCACUUGCUGCUACAGCCCUUCUUCCAGGUGCACUUGCUGCUGCAGCCCUUCUUCCAGCGUUGGCGCACUUUGAGGCCGACAAUGCCAGGCGCCAGCAGAGGCGGCAGCGCGUGGGGGCUGCAGCAGGCCGGGCGCCCAUGGCAGUGGGGCAGAGAUAG